AUGGAUUUGUUUGAUUUCCAUUUUACAGACGUUGGUACCACAUUAGAACAAAAGUUCUUGGGUACAAUCGCCCACCACCUUGAGCUCCCGAUCCAAUAUGUAAAAGCCAAAAACCUGAUUAUUCAAAAAGAUUUCAACUUUGGACUUCGUCGUCAGAUUUUCUUCCCUCUGCUUGGAGACGGCAUUUUCACCCAGGAAGGGGCUUCCUGGAAGCAUUCGCGAGAGCUCCUUCGUCCACAGUUCGCAAAGCAGCAAUACCGAGAUAUGGACAUUUUCCGGCCCCACGUCGACAACCUGCUCGAUCACAUACGCGCUAAUCAGGGCGAAAUCGAUCUUCAGCCAUUGUUCUUUAAUCUCACCCUGGACACGACCACGGAGCUUCUUUUUGGGAAGUCCGUUGAUAGCCUUAAAGAGACCGGUAACUCACGAGGGGCAAAAUUCGCGAAUGAAUUUGAUGUUGCUCAAAACUACGUUAUUCAGCGGUUUCGUCUGUUGGACCUGUACUGGUUGAUCGGUGGUCGGAAAUUCCAACGAUCGUGUGCUGCUGUCCAUGAGUUUGUGGAUGGAAUUAUCGAGGAGCGAAGUCAGAAGUCAGAGGAAGACACAGCAAAAAAUGACCGUUACUUGUUCUUCGAUGCUAUUGCAAAGGAUCCGAAGCAUUCAAGCGAUAGGAAAGCUCUGAGAGCCCAACUGGUCAAUAUGUUGCUCGCUGGCAGAGACACAACCGCGUGCCUUCUAAGUUGGACAUUCUUUCUUCUAGCUCAGCAUCCCAAUGUUCUAGCUAAGCUGAAAGCAGAAAUUACCUCAGUGGUGGGAUCUAGGACAGAGAUCGAUCGACAAGACAUCAACAAAAUGACAUACCUUGCAAAGGUUUUGAAAGAGACCCUUCGACUUUAUCCCUCCGUGCCUGUCAACACGCGGACUGCUCGAAGAACAACCUUCCUCCCAACGGGUGGUGGUCCCGACGGGACUGCACCGGUACUUAUACGUAAAGGCGAGAAUGUAGCAUUCUGUGUGUACUCAAUGCAUCGCCGAAAGGACUUAUAUGGAGAAGAUGCGGAAGAGUUUCGCCCAGAACGCUGGGACGAAGAUUUGCCCGAAUAUACGAAAACAUGGGGUUAUUUACCCUUUAGUGGGGGUCCUCGAAUCUGCCUAGGGCAGGAAUUCGCUCUUAUUGAAGCAUCUUACACUACAGCUCGAAUUCUGCAAGAGUAUUCCGGUAUUCACCUAAUAUCCAAAAAGGACCAACAACAUAUUGAUAUCGUCGCUGUUCAUGGUCUGUCCGGUGACGCUCGACGAACAUGGACCCAUGAAGCUUCAAAAGUGUGCUGGCUUAGCGACCUUCUUCCCAACUACAUCAAGAAUGCCCGGGUCCUCUCGUGGGGGUAUAACGCCAACACAAAUUCUUUGGGCGGCAAGGCAACAAGCUCAGACCGGAUCCUACAGCAUGCUGGGACACUUAUUGAGGAGCUUCAAAAUGACAGAGAGUUCGAGGAUGCCACCGAGCGACCCAUCAUUUUCGUAUGUCAUUCUUUGGGAGGUAUCAUAGUCAAAAGAGCCCUCACACUAUCCCAAGCUCGCACAUCAGCGAAGAGCGCCCGACUUCACAUGAUUUAUACAUGCACAUACGGCAUUUUAUUUUUCGGAACUCCCCACAACGGCUCUAGCAAAGCACGCCAACUCGACACCAUCCACAAGCUAGCGUCCUUUAUAGUUCCCAAAAGGGUCGCUCGCUUCGAAACAAAUCUAGUCACUGGAAUCGAGGAUGACUCGGAAACAAUUCAAAACAUCGCCCAGGACUUUUCUCCAUUGAUGUCACGGUAUCAUAUAAUGUUUCUGUGGGAGCAGUUGCGCACCGAUAUGAAAUAUACGAUGGAUUAUAUCGUGGAUCGCGAGAGUGCCGCACCAAUAGUGGAUGGAACGGACAGAUGUGGUAUUGCCGCGGAUCAUCGGGGCAUUUGCAAAUUUGAGAAUGUCGACUCUCCGGGUUUCAAGGUUGUUAUUGUCGCUCUCAGGCGAUACUGCAUGGCUGCGCCAGCAAGGAUCAAGGAAAGGCUUAUGGAGAGUGCGAACUCUUUGAGCGAGAAAAGAAGAUACGAAGCUCUGGAGCUGGUUGGGGAGUCACCAAUAUUGCCUAUAUCUCCUGUCUCGAAUGUUUCUUCUUUUUCGGAUGGAGCUACCUUGUCGGAUACAAUACAUCGGCUGAGAAUGAAGAGAGACGCCAAGGAGUUAUCUUAG